UAUAAAAGAAAGCUAAAAUAUUCAAAUAAAUGAAUAUGUAUCGUUAACAUUGAAAACCAAUGCACAAAAAUUUUGACAUCUCAACAUAAUUAUUUGAGCUGACAACACUACUCAGUGUUUCUUUCUUUUUUCGGUUCUUUGCCGUGUCGUUUCGGCGAAGAUUUCACGAUGAAGUUCAACAAGCAGGUCACCUCAUCCAGGAGGAAAAACAGGAAGCGCCAUUUCAGUGCGCCCUCUCACAUCAGGCGAGUUUUGAUGUCAGCACCCUUGUCCAAAGAACUAAGACAGAAGUUCACCGUCAAAUCUAUGCCUAUCCGUAAAGACGAUGAAGUUCAGGUUGUACGUGGACACUACAAAGGCCAGCAGGUCGGCAAGGUGGUCCAGGUCUACCGUAAGAAGUUUGUAGUCUACAUUGAGAGGAUCCAGAGGGAAAAGGCCAACGGUGCCAGCGCCUACGUCGGCAUCCACCCCUCAAAGUGUGUGAUCGUUAAGCUGAAGAUGAACAAGGACCGGAAGGCGAUCCUGGACCGUCGCGCCAAGGGCCGCCUGGCCGCACUCGGCAAGGAGAAGGGCAAGUACACCGAGGAGUCUGCCGCAGCCACCACCACCAUGGAAACAUCAUAGACUAUAAGACCAAUAAAUGUUUAAAAAC